UCUGGCUGAUGCAAACUUUCUAAACUCCAAGGAGGACAAAUGGCUGAGAAACAGACCAAGAGAUAAAGGUCAGACGAAUAUAAACUAAUAAAGAAGGAUUAUGAUAAGUCGAUGCUACGAUCCAUGUCAACAUAGCAAAGGCUUUUCAGCAGUGAGAGGUAAAAGGCUUGAAGACGGAUGCAGAGUUGCUCUUUUUCUUCUCGAUAGCCGUCACCAUUGCCCACACCAGCCCACGGCACUUUACGCAAAAGGAAGUCAGAAUAAUGUGUUGACGGAGUACACAGAGAAGUACCCUGCUUAUAAAGGUCACAUCCAUCCCAAGACUCUCAAGCCCCAACAUGUGUAUAAAACUCACCAGGACCCGAUGGAUGGAACAACUACCUUCAGGGCUGACUAUAUCCCAUAUAAGGUCACCCGUCGCCCUGAGAGGCUGCAGGUCGAGUACAAGCAAAAGCCUGGAGAGAUUGACUUAGGAACGACAUAUAAACAAGAUUUCAAUCUAUAUGAAGUGCAACCAUUUGUUCCUUCGCGGCCUAAAGAAAGAGUCCAUACCAUGAAUGUAAAACUAGACACUGUGCCCACCUACAAAGAUGAUUUUCGUCAGUGGGAAAUCAGCAGACGGGAAUUAUCUAAACCUGAUAUGACGUAUCACCCCCCUGUUGCAAAGUUUGGAAACUCAACGACAUUCCAGGAUGAUUUUGUCACCAAAGGUCUUGUGCCACGUGAGAGCUACAAGCCCCUUAAUGUAGGAAAGCUAUCCGAUGCUCCUUUUGAAAACAUGACCAGCAACAAGCUCUCAUACGUACAACAUCCUAUAGAUGCCCGGUACAUGAAACCACCAGAAGAGUACAAACCUAGUGGCCAUCCUUUCCAAGACCUCACCACCCACCGACAAGAUUUCCAAGGCCUGCCUGGACAACUACCCAAAAGCUGCAAACCUGAGCAACUCAAGGUGGUCUCCAACAUACCCUUCCAGAGCAAUACGGAAUUCCGUGACCGUUUCCAGCAGUGGCCUGUCUCCCUCCCCCAGGUCCACAAGUCAAUGGAGUACACAAGUCCCACAGCACACAUGGAACUGACCACCACCUCUCACACCGAUUACAUCAAGCACCAAGUCCAGCCCUUUGUUGCCGCUAAACCUUUUUCGCUCUCUACAAAGUCUUCUGGGUCUUUCCAGGGCAACACCACCAUGAGAGAUGACUUCCAGCCAUGGGUGGUACAACGGCAAGGCAUGAUCCGGAAGCAAGAGGAAAUCCGACGUUCCAGUGGGAAAAUGGAGGAUAUGACCACCUUCAAAGCCCAUUUCAUCCAGCAUGAACUGCAGCCCACACUCAGCUUCAAGCCCCAUAAUACACGAAUGCGGACUGACGCUCCACUCGAGAAUGAGACCAUGUACCGCACAGAGUUCACAGCUAAGAGGAUCAGCCAGUGUCCGGCCAGUUUCGAGUCUCCACCGGGGUUUGUUUUCGAUAACUGCGAUGAUCGAGGCCAUCGGUUCUUCCGCAAGUUGAUGUCCGCUGAUAGGAUUGAGAAUCCUAAAGCAUUGGCAUUGAUGGCUUAAGAAUUCAUCAUAUUGAGUUUCCAUAAAAGGAUACUCAAGCUAGCAUACAAAAGUGAUCUCUCUGAAUUAUUCUUAUCCCACAGGGAAUUUUACUGAAUCAGGACUCAUGUGAAUCAGAAUCAUGUGGAAUGGGUCAAUGAAUCAACCCAAUUAUCUUUCAUAAAAAAAUUGUGUGCAUCUCGAAAUUCUUAGUAAUCUGAACUAUUUAAAAGUAGUUUUUUUUUUAUUUUCAGUAGUGGCCAACAUAAAGUAAUAUUCCAGGUUCAAAACAAGUUAAACUCAAUCAACAGCAUUUGUGGCAUAAUGUUGAUUACCACAAAAAUCAAUCCUUUUCUUUAAAAAAUAAAAGCAAGAGGUUACAGUGAGGUACUUGACACAAUGGAAGUGAACGUGGCCAAAUAUUGGAGGGUUUAAACACAGAAAUGUGAAGCUUAUAUUUUUAUAAAAGCACUUACAUUAAUUCUUCUGUUAAAACUCGUGUAUUUUAUGAGCUGUACAUUUGUUUAAAUUGUCAUUUUUACAGUCAUUUUAGGGUUUGUUGACAUUACAUUGUCAUGGCAACGAAGUUGUAAAAUUGGCUUUAACUAUGAUAAAGUCAAUAUAAAUAUGCCGAACAAAAUCAAGUACAAUAUGGCUUUGUUCAGUCAGGUAGCAAAAAAAUAUUUUUCUUUUUUUUUGGUGUUUCCGACUCUGAUAUGUUAGGUGUUUGUAGAUUGAAAAGCAAAAAUACACAUUAAAUCCAGUUACCCAAUUCAAAUCACAUCCAUACUUCGGUCUAAAUACGACAGAAAUCAGAUUUUUAGUUAUGCAUUGUAGUCUGAAUGCAGAUCAGUUUUUUAACAGCAUACACAAAGCACAGUAGUGUUUACAGCUGUGUUAUGCACACAUGGGCCUUCACUAUGUAAUAAGUGGUGAAUUAUGAAAAUGACUGAGCAGUUUCAAAUUAUGCAUGAAUGUGUAAAGUAAUGCCUCUGAUACUGUGAAAUGUUGUCUAAGAGACUCAUGAGUUCAGCACAGUGGUGAGAUGUCAUAAAUGGACAUGACUGUCAAAAUGACCCUAAAGAUUGAAUACAAAAAAAAUGUGUACUUGGGUGCAGUGUGAACAAUGUAAAUUAAUAUAACUCUGUAUGACCCACAAUGUUUAAAUCAAGCAUAUUAAAAUGAUAUACAGUAGCUUACUACAUACAGCAUGUGGUGCUAACAUUUGACACAAAUGUAUUAUCACAAUAUAAAAGACAAAUAAAAGCAAUAAUAAAUAAGAUAUAUA